AAGCGCGAGAACACAGCAGCACACCUAUUCACCUGAAAGCUACUACACAGAGGUCAACAUGUCAAACAUAGGCCCAAAAUUUGGUUUGUCCCGGGAGGUGCAGAAUAAGAUUGAUAAGAAGUACGACCCGGAGCUGGAGGAGAGGUUGGUGGAGUGGAUCAUGGCCCAGUGCGGCUCCGGAGUGGAAAAGCCUGAACCAGGGAAGACCGGAUUCCAAAACUGGCUCAAGGAUGGAUGUCUGCUGUGUGAAUUCAUUAAUUCCCUGUAUGGAGCCAAAAAGCCCAUUAGGACAAUCAAGAAAUCCACCAUGGUGUUCAAACAGAUGGAACAAAUAUCCAUGUUUCUCAAAGCUGCAGAAGACUAUGGAAUCACCAAAACGGACAUUUUUCAGACCGUCGACCUCUUUGAAGGCAAGGACCUGGCUGCCGUGCAGAGGACCCUGAUGGCUCUGGGCUGUGUGGCUAUCACAAAAGACGAUGGGUGUUACAAAGGAGACCCCAGCUGGUUCCACAGGAAAGCCCAAGAGAACAGGAGAGAUUUCUCAGAGGAACAGCUGACCGAAGGCAAGUGUGUUAUCGGCCUGCAAAUGGGCACAAAUAAAGGAGCAUCUCAAGCUGGAAUGACAGGCUACGGACGACCCAGGCAGAUCAUCAACAACAACCCCUAAACCCUCCUCCAAGAAACUCCUUCUCCUGUCUCACAACAUGGCCAUUAGGAGAAAUGUAACCUGACUGUUUUCAAACAUAACUGGACCAAAACUGGGAACAAUGCACAUGUUUCAUGUUUGGCACACAUGCAUAGAUCGAUGCCUUUAACAGAGCAAGUGAAUAUUUAGACAGAGCAUUUAACACAGUGAAUUGUAAAUGAUUUUCUUAAAAGAUCACUCCAGUUGUUUUGCAUGUUUAACCCACUACCUAAAAAAGGAAUGUGCUUUAGUUUUCUGAAAAACAUGAUUUUAAAUGUCUUGGUUAUUUUCAGUUCACUAUAAAAACACCUUGCAGGGACCUGUAACUUGCUUGAGACACAUCUCACAUUUAGUUUGCUUCAGUCUUUGUUUCAACACCUACAUUAUUGCAGCAGGCAAUUUCAAAAGUCUGCCCCUUUGGAGCAUUCAAGGACACUCUGAUAUCUGACUAUGUUUAAUGGAUGAAAGAAUCAAAUCCAUUAUUUUACAAAGUGUCCACUUUUGCAAUUAUGCUUUCAAUUAAUGCAUUGCUAAGGAGAGAUUUGAAAAAGUGUGAACUAAACUGAUUUACAGCCAAAACCAAAGAGUGUGCCAAUGGGAAAAUGAUACACUGGUUAAGUGAAUAGUGAUAAUGUGAUAAUAAGCAAGUUUUCUGUCUCAUUUGUUGUGUACUGGACUGAAUUAAAUUGCAACAUGGAAAGGAACAAGUGUAGUGUUGUGGUUUUAUAUCAUGUUAAGCACACCAUUUAAAGUUUAUAGGUUACUACAAAUAAACCCACCGAUCUGUAGAUGUGUAAUCAUAAGAAGUGUGUGUGUUUACCUGCUCCAAAACACAACCUGCAGUUAGUUCAUUCAUUUCUAAUUCA